GUGGGAGGAGCCUCAAUUCAACACCUGUCCCUGCUCGCCCACCUGACCUCGCUCUCCCUCAGCCACCCGCCAAUCUGCAUGGUCGCCCAUAGCGACAGCCAGGUGCCGAAGCUCCGCCCCUUCCUGCCGCUCCGCUCGUCGCUGCCGUGUGACGUUCACCUGCUGAACCUGAGGACGCUGGAGGACCCGCAGGAAGCAGAAAGUCCGUCACAGGAAGUGGCUCUACUCCUCCACAGGAAGGGCUUUGAUUGUAGCUCCGCCCCCGAGCUAUCACUGGAGUGCACAUGGAGCGCGCACGAGGAGGUGAACUUGGACAAUCUCUUCUCUCCUCUCCGGUUCCGGUCGGUCCGUCGGUCCGGUCUCACUCUGCUGCGGGAAGACGACGAACCGGAAUCCGCCCGGCAACAGCAGCCGCCGCGCAUCACCAGCCUGCGACCAAUGGAAAUCAGCGCCUUCCGGGUCGAGAUCGACUAAAUAACAAGAACGAACGAAUCAGAAGCUACAUGAAAACAAACAUUAUGUCUAAAUAUAAAAGAUAAAGAUUAUUAUACAUUUUAAAUGUAAAGUAAGCAGCUAAGAUGAAGAUCAGUUGAACAUGGAGGUUUGUUAAUGUUAAAAAAACAUGAAUAAAAAAGGGAAAAGACACAAAUAAUUAAAUUAUUUUUAAUAAUUAUAA